AAAAUCAAAAGGGGUUUAUACAAAUCCCAAUUUUUUUUUUUCAAUUUUUCGAAUUCAGUGGGAAAUGGUACUGAUUCAUCAUCAGCAACAGCAACAGCAGCAGCAGGAAGAAGAAAUAGUACGAAGAGAAAGAGGUAAAAAGGGAAUGCGAGUAGGGAAAUACGAGCUUGGAAGAACACUAGGAGAAGGUAAUUUUGGGAAAGUGAAGUUCGCUAAGCAUACAGAUUCAGCCCAAUCUUUUGCUAUUAAGAUUUUGGAGAAGAAUCGGAUUCAGGAUCUUCGAAUCACUGAUCAGAUAAAGAGGGAAAUUCGAACCUUAAAAGUUCUCAAGCAUCCAAAUGUGGUUAGACUAUACGAGGUGUUAGCAAGCAAAACCAAGAUUUAUAUGGUGUUGGAAUAUGUAAAUGGUGGUGAAUUAUUUGACAGAAUAGCUUCUAAAGGUAAACUUUCAGAAACACAAGGCAGAAAACUAUUUCAACAAUUAAUUGAUGGUGUUAGUUAUUGCCAUGACAAAGGUGUCUUCCAUAGAGACCUCAAGCUAGAGAAUGUGCUCAUUGAUGGUGGCAGAAACAUAAAGAUAACAGAUUUUGGACUAAGUGCAUUGCCUCAACAUCUUAGGGAUGAUGGCUUGUUGCAUACAACAUGUGGUAGUCCCAACUAUGUUGCUCCUGAAGUUCUUUCUAACAGAGGCUAUAAUGGUGCAACAUCAGAUACUUGGUCCUGUGGUGUCAUUUUAUAUGUCAUCCUCACUGGUUUUUUACCCUUUGAUGAUAGAAAUCUUGCAGUGCUUUAUCAAAAGAUUUUUAAAGGGGAUGCUCCAAUACCAAAGUGGUUAUCACAAGGAGCAAAGAAUCUUAUAAAGAGGAUUCUUGAUCCAAAUCCACAAACUAGAAUAACAAUGGCAGAGAUUAAAGAAGAUGAAUGGUUUAAACAAAACUAUACUCCUACAAAUCCUGAUGAAGAGGAAGAUUUGGGAAGUGAUGAUACAUCCUCUGAUGAUGAAGUGUUGACAAUACAUGAAGCACCACUUGACAUAGAAAGAAAUCCAGAAUCACCUUCUCUUAUCAAUAAUGCCUUUCAACUUAUAGGAAUGUCCUCAUGCCUUGAUCUUUCUGGAUUUUUUGAAAAUGAGGAUGUUUCUGAGAGGAAGAUCAGGUUCACAUCUAAUCUCUCCCCAAAAGAAUUGCUAGAUAGGAUUGAGAAUUUAGCAGUUAAAAUGGGAUUUCAAGUCCAGAAAAAACCUGGAAAGUUAAAAUUAUUGCUAGAGAACAGAGGUCAAAAAACACAAGCCAGUCUUUCAAUAGUAGCAGAGGUUUUCGAGAUUAGUACAUCCUUGUAUGUUGUAGAGUUGCAAAAAUCUUCCGGCGAUUCUACAGUAUAUAGACAGUUGUGUAAUAGAUUAUCAGAUGAAUUGGGAGUCCAGCAAAGUGAAGAACUACUGACAAAUCUAAUUGUGAAAGAUGGAAAUCAUACCAGUGAGUAAGCCCAUUCUUUAUCAUCCGAGAAGCAAGAAUUACCUCAACAACUGAGAGUAACAGAGUAGAAGACAGUAAAUGAGAUGCAACUAUAAAUAUAGGUCUAUUGUAAUGCUCAUAUAACAGCUGUUGAAUAAGAAAAGUCCGCGGUAAAUAUAAGUUUCUUUCAUUUUCCCCCUCUGCUAACUCUGAAGCAGCUGUUAUUUUGUACAUUCACAUAGCUUUGUUAAAGAAGGCACAAUGAAACUAUCAAUAAAGGGCAAAAACAGUUAACUUA